UGACGAAGUGAUUUCAGUGUGGGCUGGAACGUAAGAAGCUCUGCCUUCGACUAAAGAGAGACUCUCUAACGAGAAUACGACCAACAGAUAGUGACGAGCUACCUGGACUCGGCCGCGCGCAACCUGGGGCGCACUGAACAGCCCGCUCACGACGACCGCUACGCCCAAGCCGAAGAGUACAUGCAAGUGAUGUACAAGCUCUUCAACUCCUCCUGGCGGGACGACGCGGUCCAGCUGGACCGGCAGCGGGGGGUGUACACGGCGCCCGAACUCGUCCGGCCGAUCAACCACGUGGGCCGGUUCUUCAGCGUGCCGGGCCCGCACAUCGUGCACCCGAGCCCGCAGCGCACGCCGCUGCUGCUGCAGGCGGGCACGUCGCGGGCGGGCAAGCAGUUCGCGGCGCAGCACGCCGAGGCCGUCUUCGUGUCGGCGCACGCGCCCGCCGUCGUCGCGCGCAACAUCGCCGAGAUCCGCCAGACCGCGCGCGACGCCUUCGGCCGCGACCCCGCCGCCAUCAAGGUCCUCGCGCUGGUCACGCCCGUGCUGGGCGCCACCGAGGAGGAGGCGCGCGCGAAGCUGGCUGAGUAUCGCCGGUAUGCGUCGCACGAGGGCGCGCUGGCGCUGUUUGGUGGCUGGACUGGCAUCGAUCUGGACCGGUAUGGCGAUGACGAGGAGCUGCGCCAGGUGGAGAGCAAUGCGGUCAGGUCGACGGUGGAAGGCUAUGCGCGGUUCGCGCCGACCAACUCGAAAUGGACGAAGCACACGGUUGCAGAGCACGUCAGCAUCGGCGGCAAUGGCCCCGUCCUGGUGGGCACGCCGGCGCAGGUGGCGGACGGUCUCGAGGCCUGGGUUCGCGAGGCCGACGUUGACGGGUUCAACUUUGCCUAUGUGCUCUUCCCGCAGUCAUUCAAGGACAUCAUCGAUCUGCUGCUUCCCGAGCUCCGACGGAGAGGGCUGUUCUGGGAUGACUAUGCGGUUCCAGGAGGGACCUACCGGGAGAACUUCUAUGGCGUAGCCGGGCAGAAGUACCCCCCAGCGGAGCAUGUUGCCGCCAAGUACAGGUGGGCUGCCGGCGUCCCUGCGAGCGAGCACCAGAUUCCCGGCUAGGACGAGUGGGGGGCAAGUUGCUCGGACCAAUAUCAAGGCCGGUUAGGGCGGCAUUCUUGAGCACAAU